CUGCUGAUGAGAACAAAAGUCGAGAUACCUUAAUAAGUUAUAUUCAAAAUUCACUAAAUCCUGAUCAACAAAGAUUGGUUAAAAUUGUUUAUGUUAAUAAUGAUAUGAGUUUAAAAAAUAAACAAUCCCAUAAUCCUGGCACAGAACUAGGCGCUCUUAUUGAUAUGAAGCUCCUUAGUCUUUGUGAUGAUCUGAUACUUACAUUUGGCUCAACAUUCGGUUUUGUUGCCGCAGGAUGGUCUUAUAGAUCAUUUCGUCGUUUAAGAGGUCCACUUGUCGUAAUGCCGACAAAUACCACAGAUGAUUUUAGUUUUCAUAAAAUUUGGUUUUGGCAAGCCGGAUCAAAUGAGCCAUGUAUGUACUUGAGCAAAUUGCUGUUAAAGGAUUCUGAUCCAGAAACUGUCAAAGUGUUUAAAACAAAUCCAUUUUGGAUGUAUUAUAGUCAAGGAUGUCCCUAA